CAGGAAAAGUGGAGCACAGAAGUGCGCGAGGAUCACACGCACGAGCGCAUGCGCGCGCGCUCACGAGCCUUGGCGCCGGCGCGAGACUCAGAAAACUAACUUGCUCCGGCCAUCUGCUUCUGAAGAAGGCAAGAGACAUAAGAACUUGCAUCUUACUUGCAUACGAAGAUAAUGGCCAGAAGAAGUGGAUGCCGGCAAGCUAGAUCUGUGAAUGGAAACACACACAAGAUAGCAAGAGUAAAGAAAGAGUGCAACAAGAGGAGAAAAUCAAUAAAAAAGUUAAAUCACUCUCAGAAUGUUAGGAGGCAGAUUAAUCUGAGCAGCGUGAAUGAAGUUGUGUCUGACUCGUCUGAUCAAACUCCAGAUGCACAGUCAUCUCCACUGCCAACACUCAGGUUGGGGCAGCUCAGAGGACGUUUGGAGGAAAAUGCUGAGUAAAGAGAGAAAAUACAAACACAGCAAGAGCAGUUUAGACAGACACCCGUCACUGCGGCCCAAAAUGAGAUCCAUGCUGCUCGACUGGCUCAUGGAGGUAUGUGAAUCGUACACACUUCACAGACAGACCUUCUACCUGGCUCAGGACUUCUUUGACAGGUACAUGUUGUCCCAGAGUGACGUGCAGAAGGAUCAACUGCAGCUCAUAGGAAUCACGGCUCUGUUCAUCUCCUCCAAAAUAGAGGAAAUAUAUCCUCCAAAAAUCACUGAGUUGGCUUUUGUGUCUGACGGAGCGUGUCUGGAGGAGGAGAUCCUGCAGAUGGAGCUGAUCAUGUUGAAGGCGCUGAACUGGGAUCUUUGUCCGGAGACUGUGCUCUCGUGGAUAAAACUCUACAUUCAGAUCGCAUCGCUCUAUGACGUUACCAAUCUAUUAGAGCCUCAGUUUUCUCAGGAAACCUACAUUCAGAUCACACAGCUUUUAGAUUUGUGCAUCCUUGAUAUCAACUCUUUGGACUUUAAAUAUGGAGUCUUAGCAGCGGCUGCUUUUAGCCACUUUAUGUCAACUGAUGUCGUCCAAAAAGUAUCGGGACUGAAGUGGGAGGCCAUUGAGACCUGUGUGAACUGGAUGGCUCCUUUCGUGGAGAUCACGAUGUGUUAUGAGAGCGCAAGGCUGAGAGAAUUUGUUCAAGUGCCGUCUGAGGACAGACACAACAUUCAGACACACGUGGACUACCUCUGCAUGCUGAAAGAGGCUCAGGAGAAGCAGUUAAAAAGCCUGGAGCCCUUGUUCCCACCAACACCACCCAGCAGCGCUGAGAAACCCAGCUAACACUAGUGUUCAAUCAGCAGGACCAGUGUACUGUGAUUUUUACUGUCACUCUAGUUCUAGACUUUAUCUCGAGCUCAGGUCAUUAAAUGUAAUAUGUACUGUGUGCACAGGGCUUAAACUGCUAUUUAAGUAACAAAAUAGACUUCAAGAAACAGCACUGUUUUAUUUUCUGAAUAGGCAACUUAUAGGAUUCCCUGUGAUUAUUAUAUUUCUCUUAUAAAUAUAGUGCAAAAAAUAAGAGCAGGCCUCAGUAUUGCUAGUGUAGUAUUUUUGUACAUUUUCUAUUUUCUAUUUUUAUUUUUUUCUGGAGUUCAAAUGAUGACUUCCUAAAAUGUGAUUCAUGAAAAUAUAAAAUUUCCUGUCAGCCCAAUGUUCUUUAUUAUACAGCAUUGUGUUCAUUUGUAUAUAGAAUGUAAGAAGUUUACGUUUGCUCAUUUCAACUUUACCAAAGGCAUUAAAUUGUGCAUUUGUAUGUAUACAUAUGUAUACCUUUGUAUUUUUUAAAAAUAGGACACAACAUAAAUUAGCAUAGGCAUAUUUAUUUGAAAAUAAGUAAAAAAAAAAAAAACACUCUUUUGGAAUGAAAUUAAAAGUAGAGUUUAGCCAAGGCCUGUAGGAAUUUCUUCUUCCUUUUUUGCGCUGCAAGCUGCAGGACUUCCUCUGGAUUACUGGAGUUUAACUCUGUCUGUCCGAUGGCCUUGAUCUGUGUUCAAAGAGAUUAACCGUCAUUAGCUUCACAUCUAUGUACUGAGCUAAUUUAGUUUCAUUUGUGAUGGCUAAUAGUUCCAUCUGAAAAUUAAGCAACUUUUGUACAAAUCUUGCUUUGAAACUGCACUGAAAUUAAAUAUUGGUACAUAUUGUUAGAUUGCAUUUCUGCAGUAUCUGCAAUAAAUGUCUUGAGACACUCAA